AUGAACACUCUGGCAACCAUGUUGAAGAUAUUUGCCAUUCUAGCAGCUCUCACAGGCCCUGCGAGGUGUGUUAUCGUGACUGUUCCAGAGAAUUCUGUGGAGACUACCAUCGGUGGGAACAUCACUCUUCUCUGCACAUACAGAACAGGAACAUUUGGACCUAACUUGUUUAUUCAGUGGACAUUUUAUAGCGCCAAAGCAAAAGCAAUAACUUUGAUCUAUUACUCUCAGCAAGGCCAGUCAUAUUCCUAUGGAGAGUUCAGAGGCAGAAUCCGAGGGGCCAACAGAAGAGGAAAUGCAUCAAUAACCAUCUUCAACAUGCAGGCAUCAGAGACCGGUCAAUAUACCUGUGAAGUUUUCAGUCCGAUGGACGUAGAUGCACAGAGUGAAAAAUCCAUGACGCCUCACUGCAGCCUUCGUGGGACACCUGAGAUGGGACACCUCAUCUCCCUGAACUGCUUUUCUGAGGAAGGGCUGCCUUCUCCUUCUUACCGGUGGCAAAAGGUAUCCGGGGACACCGUCACCCCUGUCACAGAGGCAUAUAAUCCCAAAACUGGAGUCUUGGUCAUGAGUAACCUGACAAAAUCUGAAGAAGGCUACUACCGGUGUACCGCUGUGAACUCUCUUGGAAGGAAAUUCUGCCAAAUCAGCCUGUGA